UCAUGCGGUGGUGCCUGGUGCGGUCGGUCCCUGGAGCUUAGCGCUUGACGCCAGCGGCGCGAAGAAGGGUCGUGUGAACUUUAUGGGCGAGGGAGAGAAAAAAAGUGCGACUUCAACCCCGCCCGGGUGGAAAACUGCCUCGGUUCUGGUGGAAAACCUAAGAAUUGACCCCAACUAAGUUUCUGAGAAGUUCUUUUCCCGCUCUAUGGGCUGCGACUAUUGGAGUAGGCUGGCCACGCCCCUUUUCUGAAAGGCGAGGGAUGGUAUGCCAGCAGCCUCUAUGGCCCAAGAUCCAGUGAAGCUACAAGCGGAGGUGGAGCGGCUGGUGGCUGAGCUGCAGGAGGCAACGCGAGAGAAGGUCCAAGCAGCACAAUAUGGGCUGGCUGUUCUGGAGGAGAAUGGUGAGAUCAAGCAGCGCUGUGGAGAGUUGGAAAGUCAGCUGGAAGUGCUGCGCGUGGAGCUGGUCCACAUGAAGGAGGCUUUGGCCGAGUCCCACAGCAGUCAAAAACGGGCAGCCGCCGAUGGGGAGAGCCGAGAAGAGUCUCUGCUCAGAGAAACGGCGUCCAAAGAGGCCCGCCUGACUCAAACCAUAGAGGAGCUCCAGGGUCAUGUGAAGCACUUGAGAUCCCAGCUGGACAACACAGGGGUGGAAAAUGAGCGGCUGGGUGUGGCUCUGCGGGACUUGAGGAAGGAAUGCCAGACCCUAGAGUCUGAGAAGGUCCAGCUGCGUGAGGAGAUGAAGCAGGCCAGGGAGCGGGAACUGCGCCAAUUGCAGGACUGUGCCGAGCUCGAGGAAGAGAACAUCUCCCUGCAGAAGCAGGUCUCCGUGCUCAGGGGCACUCAGGUGGAGUUUGAGAGCGUCAAGCGUGCCCUGAGCUGCUGUGAGGAAGAGCUGGAGCUGGCUGGGACUCAGCUGCUAGAACUGGGCCGUCUCCGGGAGCUGGCGGAGCACCAACUUCAGGAGUCGCUGGAGGCUCUGCAGGCGGAGCGUGAGCAGAAGCAGGAGCUGCGGCGGGAGCUGGCUGUCCACGCGGGGGGGCGCCGUGACUCACUCAGCAGCUUGCAGGCCAACCUAGAGGGGCUCAGUCACAGCCACGGCGAGUGCGAGGAGCAAGACAGCGGCUUUGCCAAUGGCAGCGGCGUGGGCGGCAUGGCUUCCACGCCCCACAGCGUCCAGCCUGCGCCUGGCCUUGUUGGCGACCUCUUCAGUGAGCUUAGCUUGGUGGAGAUUCACAAAUUGCAGCAGCAGCUGCUGCAGGCGGAAAACGAGAAGGCCUCGCUGGCCUCGGACCUGCAGGACCUCAAGAAGCAGCUGACCAGCACCAGGGAGACUCUGGCCCAGCAGCAGUUGUGCAACAGCCGCCAGGUGGAUCAACUUCAGGCCCUGGAAGCCAGCUGCAGCGGUGGGGCGGGUUUGUCGUGCGGUGAGAGUGAGCGCUGCUGUGAGGAGUUGGAGAAGGCUCAGCUGGCGGUCUGGCAGGAGAAGGAGGCAGCUGCCCGACUGGAAACGGAGUUGCGCAUGGCCAGGAGGAUGACCCGGGAGUGUCAGUCGCGACUAGCGCAGGCCCAGGAGGAGCUUCUGGGCUUUUCUGAGGAGAUGGCGGCUCUCUACCAUCACGUUUGUGCCUGCCACAACAUCACCCCUCAGCGCGUGGUGCUGGACUAUUACCGGGAGGGUCGCGGAGCCCGGAGCAUGUGUAGGAGGCGGUCCUCCAGAAAGCAUCUACUCAUGGAAAUGGAGACGAGCAGCAGUGGGGACCAGUCGCCGGCUAGCAGCCCCGGCUCCCCCUGCGGCUCGGAGCCCCUCAGUGUGGCCAACCUGACAGCUGUCUUGCGUGAACAGCUGGGGCACCUGCAGGUGGCGCUUUCCCAGGCGCACCAGCAGAGCCCCAUGGGGCACGGCGCUGAGCUGGAGCGCGACAAGGAAGUCCUGGUGGAGGAGGUGCUGAAGCUGAAAUCCCUGCUGAGCACCAAGCGCGAGCAGAUCGCCACGCUCCGCACGGUGCUGAAGGCCAACAAGCAGACGGCAGAGGCGGCCCUCUCAAACCUCAAAGGCCAGUAUGAAAGUGAGAAGGUGCUGGUGUCAGAGACCAUGUCCAAGCUGCGUCAUGAGCUCAAAGCCUUGAAGGAGGAUGCUGCUACCUUCUGUUCCCUGCGCGCCAUGUUUGCCAGCAGGUGUGAUCAGUAUGUGAGCCAGCUAGACGAGAUGCAGCAACAGCUGGCAGCUGCUGAGGAUGAGAAGAAGACUCUGAGUUCCCUGCUGCGCAUGGCCAUCCAGCAGAAGUUGGCACUCACACAGCGGCUGGAGUCCCUGGAGAGCCCCGUUGAGGGGUCCCGGGGCAGUAGGAGGGCACUCAGACCAGCCAAGGGCAGUGCGAGAUGAAACGGCCAGUAUUCAGUGCAGGAUUUCCUGGCGAUUCUGACGUGGCUGUUCAACGUCCUCUGCGGUCACAGAACUCCCAUUCUUUUUUUGUGUAACAGGAAAGACUUGGUACCUGCAAGGUGAAGUCAGUCGAGGAGACCGCCGUCCUAGGAGGAGGCUCCCCAGCCAGAGGUCGCUUCCUACCCCUCUGUGCCUUCAGAUAUCUAGAAGAUGCCCCGUCUUUCUAGAUUUGCCUCUGGUGCUGUGUCCCCUAAGCGCCUCUAACGCUGUGCCUUUUUGUUAGCUCUAAUGUUAGUGACACUGAUGUUGGCCUUAAUGAUCAAUUUUUGACAGUUGGCUGAAGAGAGGUGGGUGGUCCCAAAUUUCCUUGACCUGCUGUACUCACUGGGCCCUUCUCUGCCUGCCUGCCUCCCCCACUGACACCCCCUCCCCUGGGAUUUUGCACAUAGUUAAUGUCGAAUUGCUGAUUGCACAGGUUGAAGGAAGAUGGCAAAUUAAUUCCAGGCAGUCUUGAGAUGUCUUUGGGGUGGGUACCAUCCUGACAUUAGCAGUGUAACAGCACAACAUAAUUUUGUUUGUAGUCUGAGCCUGGUUGUUUGCCUCAAAUAAAUCAUUGGCUUUCCUGGAUCUCCAGUCUUCCUUAACUACAAUCCAGCGCAUAGCCUUGCCCUACUCAGUACCCUUCAGAGGUAUUGGACUAUAAUUCCCAGGAUGCCUCAGUCUGCAAGUGCACAAGCCAUAUAAAAUCUCAUAACACAGGUAAAAAGAAAACA